AUGAGCAAUCAAACCGUCGGCAUUUUCCCUGCUGCAGGUGGAAUUGGAGGUAGCACUGUCAAGCACCUUCUGCUCCGCCUUCCAGCUAAGGACCUUGUCUUCAUCGCUCGGCACCCCGAGAAAUUGACCUCCGCCAAGUCGGCUGGUGCGGACCUCCGCCGGGCUGAUUAUGACGACGAUGCCAGCCUCCAGCAUGCAUUCGAUGGAGUGAACACUCUCUUCUUGAUCUCCUAUGCAUCAGUUGAGCACGAACACAGAUCUGAGCGCCAACGACUCGCAAUCGACUUGGCAAUCCGCAGUGGAGUCAAAACUAUCUUCUAUGGCUCCUUAGGCUACGGUGGCAAGCCAGAAAGUGAUGAGUCCGUAGCUCAUGUGAUGCAGGCUCACUUGGACACGGAGCGAUACCUCGAUGAGUGCACCCGUAAGCACCCUGGUUUCGGCUACACAGUGGUGCGGGAGGGUCUCUACUCCGAGUCAUACCCGCUUUACACGGCCUUUUUCAACCACAAGCAGCCUGUGGAUGAGAUCCGGAUCCCACAUGACGGCUCCGGUCCGGGCAUUGCUUGGGUCAAGCGCGAGGAAUUGGGAGAGGGUACAGCGGAACUUCUGAAAAGAUUUGUCAUAGACCCCGCGGGGUUUGUCUAUAGAAAUAAGAAAAUUCUGCUCUCCGGGACUAAGACCUUGACGCUGGGUCAAACAGUGGAUAUCUUAGGCAAAAUCGCCAAGCACCCCGUUCGUAUCCACCAGGUCUCCCCCGAUGAGUUUGCGGCACAGUCCCAGGUCUCACCCAACUUCAUCUAUCAUGGAUUUGAUCACUCCAAGGUGUGGACCACAACUUUUGAAGCCUUCCGUCGCAGGGAGGCGGCGUAUCCAUCCCCGCUACUCAAAGAACUUUUGGGUCGCGAGCCGGAGGAUUUUGAGACGACGAUUGGCGCAGCAUAG